UGGGGAGACUAACACCCGCUGGCUCCUGGCUGCAUGGACCUCCACUGCCCGAGCCAGCCGAGACUGGAGUGACUUUCACACAAAGCCCAGCUUCGUACAUUGCUAAUCAAAGUAGCUAGCAUCGGACUAGAUAGCGCAGCACAACACUCUGUCAAAGAGGGUUGCCGUGAACAUCGGGAGUGAUGGGUGCGCUAGAGAGUCUGAGUGAGUUUAGUUUCUUGCGUUGGCUGAGGGACGGUCGGCAGUCUCGGAAACUCAUCCUGUGCGUAGUCUUCAUCGCGCUGCUGCUGGACAACAUGCUGCUGACCGUGGUGGUGCCUAUCAUUCCCAGUUACUUGUACAAUCUUCAACAUCAGCCACCAACAAAAAGUCCAACACAAAGCCCUGAAGCUAUUUCAGCAACAAGAUUUCAAAAAAUAUUUUCCUAUUAUGACAACUUGACGGUGGAAAUGGGAAGCGAUGGAGAGACUGGACUCAACACAACGCAGCCUGCAGUCAUCAAUACAACAACUCAACUGCCUGCCAACACAAGCUGUUUGAAAAAUAACCAAGACCUGCUGAAUGAGAAUGUUGAAGUUGGCUUAUUGUUUGCUUCCAAGGCCACCGUGCAGCUUGUAACCAAUCCCUUCAUUGGACCAUUGACAAAUAGGAUAGGAUAUCAGCUCCCUAUGUUUGCAGGGUUUAUCAUCAUGUUUAUUUCAACCGUUAUGUUUGCCUUCUCAAAGAGCUACAUGCUGCUGUUCUUAGCCCGGUCCCUGCAGGGGAUAGGCUCUUCAUGCUCCUCCGUGGCAGGUAUGGGAAUGCUGGCCAGCGUUUACACUAAUGAUGAAGAGAGGGGUAAUGCAAUGGGCAUUGCAUUAGGAGGCCUGGCUAUGGGGGUUUUGGUGGGCCCACCCUUUGGCAGUGUGAUGUUUGAAUUUGUGGGGAAAACGGCCCCGUUCCUUUUCCUGGCGGCGCUCGUACUGCUGGAUGGAGCCUUGCAGCUCUUCAUCCUCCAGCCCUCCAAACCACAACCAGAAAGUCAGCAGGGGAGCUCAUUGAUUACACUUUUACGUGACCCUUACAUAUUGAUUGCUGCAGGAGCCAUAUGCUUUGCAAACAUGGGCAUUGCCAUGUUGGAACCAGCCUUGCCUAUCUGGAUGAUGGAGACCAUGUGUUCAGCGAAAUGGCAACUGGGCGUCGCUUUUGUUCCAGCAAGUGUCUCGUAUAUAAUUGGAACUAACGUCUUUGGUGUCCUUGCGCACAGAAUGGGCAGGUGGCUGUGUUCUCUGCUGGGAAUGAUAAUCGUCGGAAUAAGCAUUGUUUGUGUGCCGUUUGCCAAAAAUAUUUAUGGACUUAUUAUACCAAACUUUGGAGUUGGUUUUGCCAUAGGAAUGGUGGAUUCCUCAAUGAUGCCAAUUAUGGGUUACUUAGUGGACCUGCGUCAUGUCUCUGUAUACGGAAGUGUUUAUGCAAUUGCAGAUAUUGCAUUUUGCAUGGGAUUUGCAUUAGGCCCAUCAAGUGGCGGCGCCAUUGCUAAGACCAUAGGGUUUCCAUGGUUAAUGGCAAUUAUUGGAAUCAUUGACAUUCUAUAUGCUCCACUCUGCUUUUUCCUUCGAAGCCCACCUGCCAAGGAAGAAAAGAUGGCUAUUUUGAUGAAUCAAAAUUGCCCAGUUAAAACCAAAAUGUACACAACUCAAGACCACUUUCAGAGAGACUCAGUGAUUGAUGAUAAUGAUGAAGAGUGUAGGAGUGAUGAAUGAUUGGAUCUGUGCCAUUUUCUUUAUUGAAUUUCUUUAAUGUGUAUUAUAAUGUUUUGUGAACAGUCUUUCUAAAUUAAUGUCUUAAUAUAGUUUAAUUAUUCCACCAUUCAGGCAUACCAAAGUUGUGACCCUAUUUCUCUUGUAUUAGACUAUGUAGAAAUGCAACAGAGAGUUUUAGCUGGGGAAUUUAAAAAAAAGGUGGUUAAGUAAAAAUGAUAACCAGCAGCCUUAUCAAGUCAUGAUAUCUAUUUCAAUUUGCUCUCAGAACCAAUAGAUUUUAUGAAACAUUCAAUUUUAGGUAUUGCACUAUAUUUUACAAUCUUGCAUUUAUUAAUGAAGAUAACCUUUUGUCUGCACAGUUUUUCCCAAUUCUAUGUUCAUUGGUUUAAAUAUUUGCUUCAAAUCAAACAAAUUUAUGUUCAUAGAUCCCCACAUUGGAUGCUAAAAAGCCACUGCAGUUCUAUUAAUCAGUUUUGGCAUUUUGUGUCAAAAUGAGGUGAUUGACUUAGCAGUGACAUAAUGCCUGAAAAUUGCUUUGAUUUGAUUUGAAUGUUCAAAAUAAGGUUCACCAGUUAAGUGAUAAAUGAAUUUAAACAAAAAGGUAUUCUUUCUGCCAAGUGGUUACCAUGGGUUUUGUUUCCUCUCCAAUACUUAAAAAAACAAGUUUACUAUUUAAUAAUAAAACGUGAUAAGGGUACUUCGAGAAACGUAAAAGUUGAAAACUGUUUAUUCAUUUGAAAGUGAGCGCAACCACAUUUUCUAUAAACUAAACAUUGUGACGAGAAUACACAUAAAAUUAAGAUGUUUGCUGGCCUGGGUUAGCAUCAGUGACAUCAGCAAGUGGUCUGCCACCUGCCCUCAGGGGAAGGAGAGAUAAGGAACAAUGGAGCAGCGUCUGGAGAUGUGUAAUGAAGGGACGGGGGAGAGAGAGCUGUCUGGAGCGGCUCCCCCCUUUGAACCUUGAACUGUUUGAAGUGAUGGACAGGCGAUGCCCCAGCAGGGGGAUAAAAAGGGACAGGUUCGCUCAGGCAGUCACACACGCCACCCGAGGUAACGAGACCCUGGAAGCGGUACGCUUCUCACGAGUCGGUGGGAAGUACCAGACAACGGCCAGGGUGGAAAGGUACGAUCAGCGGGAACCCGGUGUGUGUCCGCCCUUGCCUGGGUGCCGGGUUCACUGCAGAGGAUCGACUGCAUCUGGAGGAGGGGUCACAGUCGGUGACCUCAGGUGACAUCACCAAGGACCCGCCCAAAAAGUUGCUUGUGAGCAAUCUCGCCGGUCUGUGAGUGAAGCUGUGUCUGAAUGAUCAGUUGUUCCUGUUCCCUCUCUCUCUUCCCCCACGUUGUCCAUCGCCAUGGCAACGAUUACUGCGAACUGAACUACUAAACUGGACUGAACUUUGAGUCACUUUGAAAUUUGGUCAUUUACCCCUAGACAACGAUAGAGCUUGAUUGAUGCUGUUAUCUUAAUUCUGUGCACAUGUGUGUUUAUCAUCGCUGAACUGUUGCAUUUAUUAUCCUUUCGAUUACUGUGUUGCUUGUUUCUUUAAUAAAACUUUCUUAGUUCUAGUACUCCAGACUCCAACUGAGUGAUCCAUUUCUGCUGGUUUGGCAACCCAGUUAUGGGGUACGUAACAACAUGUAUAUAUAGUGGACUACAUUUGUCUGUAACCCAAACAUGUAUGUGCCUUCAUUAAAUUUAAUAUAUUUUCAUGCAAUAGAUACGUUAGACACCUUUACUGUGGUCAUUUUCUACACAGACUGUUCCAGGUGACAAUUACGCUGCAAGCACUUUCACACCAAAUGUAUUCAGACUCCAUGAUUUAAACUACACUGGAUGAUGUAAUUCUGUCAACACCAUUUCAUGAAUACGUAAAAGUAGGCAUUUAUAAAUGACAGAUACUCCACCAACAAAUCACAAAUUUUGUCGUAGAGAUAACAUAUCUUGUGCAUGCAAAUAUAAUCACUGUCCACAGACAAGUCAGUUGCUAUGUAUGCUCAAACAGAUGGGCAAAUAUAAAUAUAAAGAUGUAGAGGACCAUCUCCUGUGGAUCAAUAAGAUGGCUUGUUAAUGUGCAGUCAGACGUGUCUCUGUGUAUAUGUGUGGAUGUCUGUGGAUGUGUCUAUUCCUGCCUCUAGGAUAAUUAUCAAUAAUAAAGGUAU